AAGUUUUCACCUCCUUGACAACUUAAGGAGGUGAAAAACUCCUAACCGAGCUGGAGGGAGGAGGCCAUGAACUCCCCAAGGCUUCCUGGAAACCUGCCCUUUGGACCAGCGACUGAUUAAAGGGCGCUCAGUCCUUGUCGGGAGAGUAAUGAUGAAGCGGAGUGUCUUUGCUAGCCUCGAACAUGUUUAUAAAUGAAGUUUGCAGUCAUGUCCAGAAAGUGUUGGAUUGAGGAAACCUUCUUCAGGAGAGAGUGUGUGAAAUUCAUCCCUUCCUCUUGGGAUCAGCACAGAUGUAUUCCAGUAUGCCACGUUUGCCAAAAUUUGAUAAGAUGUUGCUGCGGCCACCUGAUAGGGGAACACUCUUGGCAAGACUCCCUUCCUCCAUUGUCCCUCUGUCCUGGUCCUGGACAGGAUGUGGAAGAGGAGUGGUCCAUGGAGCGCCACACCAGGGCCAGUCCCACAAAUGCCUAUGGCACCGUAGACUUUGAAGAUACUGCCACACGUGUCUGUCGAGCCAAGUAUGUUCGUGUUGCUGUCGACUCCAAGCCAGAAGCAUUACUCCAGCUGAUGUUGAGGGAAUGGCAGAUGGAAAGACCCAAGCUACUGCUGAGUGUCCACGGAGGCUCCGAAAAUUUUACCUUGCCACCUAAAGUCAACCAGGCCUUUAGCAAAGGGCUGAUCACUGCUGCCCUCAGCACAGGGGCAUGGAUUUUCACCGAUGGCAUUAAUACAGGUGUGUCUAAAUAUGUAGGUGAUGCAGUUAAAUCCUUUGGAAGCCAUGACCUGAGGAAGAGAAACACAGUUGGCAUCACACCCUGGGGAGUGAUUGACAACAACAUGGACCUUAUAGGCAGAGAUGUUUUCAGGCCUUACCAGCCUCUGGGAAACCCUUUGAGCAAGAGAGCCUGUCUCAAUGGUUUCCACUCCCACUUCCUGUUGGUGGAUGAUGGAACGCUGGGCAAGCAUGGCUGUCAGCAAGGCCUCAGGAGGAAGCUGGAGAAGCACAUACAACUACAGAAGAUACAUCCCCGACUGAACCAAGGAGUGCCUGUGGUGUGUGUGGUGGUGGAGGGAGGUCCUUCUGUGGUGUCUACAGUGUUGGACUACGUCAGCACUGUGCCCCCUGUGCCAGUGUUUGUGUUUGAGGGAUCAGGCAGGGCUGCUGACCUACUCGCCUUCUUACACAAGCAGACUGCUGUUGACAGACCGUUGGAAGCUGACAUUAAAGAGAACUUCCUCACCACGAUUGGAGAUGUGUUUGGAAUGGAGAGGACUGAAGCCACUGACCUCUAUACUCUCCUGCUGCAGUGUAUGGAUCAUAGACAGUCUAUAACCAUCUUUGACUCAGAGUCAGAUGACCAGAUGGCACCAGAUGCUGCCAUUUUGACCGCUACUCUCAAGGGCACAAAGGCCAGUCCAUCAGAGCAGCUGAGUAUGACUCUGGCGUGGGACAGGGCUGACAUUGCACAGAAAGACGUCCUUGUAUAUGGACAGCAUUGGCAGGUGGGCUCCUUGGAGCAAGCCAUGCUGGAUGCUCUGGUGAUGGACCGUGUCAGUUUUGUCAAAACGCUGAUUGAUAACGGCAUGACUAUGAGCCGCUUCCUCACAGUCGAUCGCCUUGAAGAGCUCUACAACAUGGCACAAGGGCCAACAGCCCGCUUCUUGCACCACCUCGUUGAAGAUGCAAAACAGACAUCCCUUCCUGCAGGUUAUCGUCUUUCGAUCAUUGACAUGGGCUUGGUGAUAGAAUAUCUCAUAGGAGGAGCAUACCGCAGCACCUACACACGCAAACAAUUCAGAGCUGCGUACAGCCGAUUGCACGAAAAAAAUGGUAGACGAGACAGUUCAGCCACCUUUUCUAAACUCAGACAUGGACUGAUGCCAAGCUCUACAAGGAACAGGAGCCUCCAGGACCUGCAUUUCUUUAGGACCGCCCAGCCUUACAAACGCAAGGAGCAAGAUGUGUCACCCAGUACCAGUGGGGAUGUGUCUAGUCCAGGCCUUGAUGAUGCUCCACUGCUGGUUCCUUUCAACUUCAACGACUUGUUUGUGUGGGCAGUCCUUCAGCAAAGGCAGCAAAUGGCACUGUUCCUGUGGCAACAUGGAGAAGAAGCGCUGGCACGUGCAACGGUGGCCUGCAAGCUUUACCGCUCCAUGGCCUUUGAAGCACGUCAAAGCAGCCUGGAUGAUAACAUUAUAGAACGAUUCAAGACGUAUUCACUUGAGUUUGGUAAGCUGGCGGUGGAUGUGUUAGAUUGUGCGUUUCGUCAGAACGAGCAGAUGGCCAUGAAGCUGUUGACUUAUGAGAUGGAGGCAUGGAGCCACUUCACCUGUCUGCAGAUGGCUGUCUCCUCAUGUCACAGACCAUUCGUCUCACACUCCUGCACCCAGACUCUCCUCACUGAUCUCUGGACCGGUCCACUUAACAUGAGAAAAAACUCAUUCUUGAAGAUCAUUUUGAGCCUUCUUUUGCCUCCUGCCAUCCUACUUCUGGAGUUUAAAAGCAAAGCUGAAAUGUGUCACGUACCACAGACACACGAGGCAAUGCUGUUUGGACUCGACUCAGUCAAGCCAGCACCAGGCACCAAGGGCUCUGAUCACAUGGGUAGUCGUGAUGCAGAGCAAGGACUCUCUUUCCAAGACAAACGUGUUGGUCCUGUGUCAGAAACCAUGUCCUCUAUAACUGUGCGCUGUGUUUCCUGGAUCACAACACUCUAUGAUUUCUACACAGCUCCUGUUGUCAAGUUUUGGUUUCACACGAUGUCCUACUUGGCCUUUCUGAUGUUAUUCUCCUAUGUUGUCCUGGUGAAGAUGGAGGAUCAACCCAGUGUUCAGGAGUGGCUGGUUAUAGCAUACAUCUUGUCAACUGCAGCAGAGAAAACCAGAGAGAUAUUAAUGUCUGAGGCAACAAAACUGAGCCAGAAGCUGAAGAUUUGGUUCUCAGAAUACUGGAACAUAUCAGAUUUCAUCGCCAUCCUGCUUUUCGUGGCCGGACUGGCAAUGCGUUGGCACUCUGAUCCCUACCGGACAGCAGGGCGCCUCACAUACUGCCUGGACAUAAUCUUCUGGUUUAUCAGGGUGAUGGAUCUGCUGGCCGUUAAUCAGCAUGCUGGCCCUUACCUCACCAUGAUCACUAAGAUGACCAGAAACAUGUUUUACAUUGUGGUGAUGAUGGCAAUAGUGCUGUUGACCUACGGAGUAUCCAGGAAGGCUGUCCUGUCACCAGACGAGGAGCCAUCAUGGAGCCUGGCUCGAGACAUAGUCUUCCAGCCCUACUGGAUGAUCUAUGGAGAGGUCUAUGCAUCAGAGAUAGACCCAUGUCAGGAAGAUGAUUCAUGUCCUCCUGCAUCCUUUCUUGCACCAUUUCUCCAGGCUGUGUAUAUGUUUGUCCAGUAUAUCAUCAUGGUCAACAUCCUCAUCGCAUUUUUCAACAACGUCUACUUUGACAUGGCAUCAACAUCCAACAAGCUGUGGAAGUACAACCGGUACCGCUACAUUAUGACCUAUCAAGUGAGACCGUGGCUGCCACCGCCCCUAAACCUCCUCAGUCACAUGGACCUGGGUUUGAGAGCUAUUUACAAGAAAUUUAGUGGCGACGCUGAGCGGGAAGAGAGAGCCUCUGGACUUAAGCUCUAUCUGGGCCACGAGGAUCGCAAGAAGCUGCAUGAGUUUGAGGAGAGAUGUGUGCAGGCCUAUUUUCACGAGAAGAGUGAAUGCCCGCUCAGCAGUCAAAAGAACAGGAUCAAAGUCACAGCUGAGAGAACAGAAGAGAUGUGCAUGAUGGUGGGGGAGGUUUCAGAGAAGGUCAACUUCAUUCAGGAUAGCCUGUCAGACUUAGACUCUCAGCUCGGUCAUCUCCAGGACCUCUCUGCUCUGGCUGUGGACACCCUCACUCUUCUUUCUGCAUCCAACAACCUACAUCAGGAGGAGACACGCCUGGCUCAGUGUCGGCUCAUUACAGCAUCCCAGCACGCCAUCCCUCACAGCUGGACCCUUCCACACAGAAGUGGAGCAGACGGUGAUGCGGCUAAUAUACAACGAUUGGUGGCCAAGCCGUAUAAAAGUACCCCGCCUUCAUUGCUAAAGGGCUACACCUUAGCAGGAAAUAGACGGGAAUCACAGGAGUGCCAUGUAGGAGUUAGGGGAAGCAGGGGAGGAAGAUAUGGACACACAGAAGAACCAGAAGAAAGGGCAAGAGAGGAUCAUCCAUGUGAGAAUCAGCAGGGAGCUUCUGACCCAGGGUCUUGUGCGUCCCUCUCCCACUUUAACAGUGGAGGAUUUUCUUCGGUCAGAGAUCAGACACCCUGUGAGUCCUGUGAACCAUCCCAGUGUGGGUCUCCUCUUUCUCCCAGAGGCUUGGAGUCACUCCAUUUUAAAUUCUGGACUUGUGAGCCAUAUUUGUUUACCAGUCAGGAAGAAACAUCCAUGGAAGAGGAGGAUGAAGUAGAGGAAGAAGGAGAAGAGAAAGAGGAGGAAAACACACAGGAAGAACCACCUAACAUAGACGUGCACCGAGCCUCCAGCAGUGCUUUUCUGUUCGACCCAGAAGACAUCUCAGAGGGUUUGACAAAUCCUGCCUUUUCUUGUGAUGAUAGUCAGCCAACUUCUCGGUCCAGAAAUUCCAACCAGUGGAGAAAACCCAUAAAAUCCCCAAGGUGGGCAUGUUUGUCGAGGGACCGUCCGUAUGGCUACUGCAGAUCUUUGUCAUCCAGCAUGGAGAAUAUGACUUUCGCUGGAGCACCCCUCAGCCCAACCAGGGGAUCCUUUCCUUCUCUCAAUGAAUCAAUGAACAAUGAGAGUUUGCUUGGUAGGAGGGGUUUAAAGAACAAUACAUCACUAAGAUGCAGCAGGAGCCAAGAGUGGUCCAAAUCAUCUGACUUUACUCAGGUCUUGGACAGCAAAGGCAAAAACAAAAAGACCGUGAAGAUACGAGAGAGCAAUCUAGAUUUGAGAGCCAUGCAUUCCCAGUUGUCUGAUGUCAGCUGGGGAAGGCGCCGGAGGUUGAUAGGAGAACCCACAAGUCGGUCGGCUUCAACCAGCCUCAGUCAGCUCAAUUUUGAACAACUGGAUUUGCUGCAGAAACAGGUCUUUUCGCAUCAGGAUGUAUGGAGCCCCACGCACUCAGCUUGGAACAGCUGGGCCAGGUCCAUGAGUCGCAGGUCUUCAAUACAGAGUGGCAUUUCAGCUGAAGCCAAGAACUCCUCAUUCCAGUCCACUGACAGUUUGUAUCCACACUACUCAGCUGUGGAGAGAAACAAUUUGAUGAGACUGGCUCAGACCAUCCCUUUCACUCCUGUCUCAAUCAUGGGAGGUGAAGAGGUGAGCGUUUACUCUCUGGAGGAAGUAGCCUCUGAUGCUGACCCUGAAUCCAGCUCAGUCUCUUCCUGGUCAUCACGAGGCCUGUCUGCAAUCCUGCAGCCCCUCUUGAGCGAAGAAGGCUCUUUGGAUGGGGGCCUCCGGCAGGGCCGCCGGGUUCUCUGUACAUGGGCAGAACAGGAUGUGCUCAGACCCGGGCUGGUAUACGUGGUGAAAGGUUUCAGACCAGAGGUGGUUCGUGUCUGUAAGAAGUACUUCCAUGGUAGCACAGCACUGCAGCUUUGUUUAAGGGAGAUACAGCAGCAGAGAGCGGCCCAGAAGAUGAUGCAAGUGUUUAACCAAGUCAAACCUGAUGAUUUGCACCACUCACCAAGAUUUCUUGACGUAUCACUGGUCCUCUGGCAUUCUAAUGGUCAGUGGCUGACGAUUGAAAGGAAUAUGUCUGGUGACUUCAUGAAAUACAACAACAACACGGGAGAAGAGAUCACCCCCUGCUGUUCACUGGAAGAAAUGCUUCUAGCCUUUUCCCACUGGACCUACGAGUACUCACGCAGAGAGCUGCUGGUGCUCGACAUACAAGGAGUGGGAGAGGAGCUGACUGAUCCGACAGUCAUUAUGGCAGAGGACCAGAGUGUUAGCAGGGGUGAGAUGCUUUUUGGACCUGAUAAUCUUGGAGACGCUGGCAUCAAUGGUUUCCUGCAGAAACACUCUUGCAGCGCCUGGUGCCACAGACUAGGUCUAAAAGAUUUAAGAAACCAUCCGGACAGCUGCGAGAACAGCACUGAUGCGGAGCCAACGUCGGGGACAGAAGAGCAAGAAGACGAUGAAACCAGGAAGUGACCUUUGACUCAGGAAGUAGGGAAAAGAAAGCAUGGGAACUUUUAUAGGUGUCUUUCGUAAACACAAGUUCUGCCUCUUCACAAAAGAUCCUUGAUAAUACCAAAGAUUUUGCACUAAGGAUGUUUAUAGAUUUUCAGGGUUAAUGAAGGAAAAGCGGUAAUCAGAAAACUUUAUAUAAAAAGAUAAAAAUAUAA